AUGGCGGACGCAGAAUUGCAGGAGCGUUUUGGCUCCGGUCACGACUCAAUCGAGCCAGACGUCAUCAAUGAAAUGCAGUCCAUCAUGCGCCUCUACGAGCUCUCUGCCGAAGAUUUGUACUACAAGUGGGGAGUCCUACUGCAUCAAGAUGGAGAUGGAUGCGGCGACAGUUUACGCUCCCGCCUCUGCGAAACCUCAAGCAGGAUAUUCAGGAUGCCCUGGAGAAAGAACACCCGACAACAGACCCAGGUCAAGACGGAGAAGAGGGCGGGCGCGACACCAAGGGCAGCACGGGCUGGUGGCGAUGUCUACGGCAUGCUCGACGGCUUGUUGCCGAACACGCCUGCGUCUGCGAGGAACAAGAGCGCGAGCACCAAGAAGAAGCCCUACGAGACGCCGUCCAUGUCGAGGGUAAAGGGCGUGCCCGCCAGUUCGCCGGACUAUAAGAGCAGUCCCAUGAAGAUGGAGGAUCAUGUCAACUCGAUGCUACCGAUAGACGACUUCAUGGAGCUGAUCCAGAACCACCACCAGCUCGAUGCCUCCGAGUUCGGCAGCGCCGCCAACCAGAGCACCUCACCUGUCAUCGCAGUAGGCCGCAUCGCCUCAGAUUCCCCAGAGGGCAAGCUGAACGCAGCCUCCAUAGUUCUCGAAACGUCACGAAGAACUGGCGGUGGCCAGCGGGUGCCCUUGAACAUGGGUCAAAGAGGAUUCAGCUUCUUCCCCGGCCAGAUCGUUGCUGUCAAGGGCAUCAACUCGUCAGGCAGCGAGUUCUUGGUCGAAGAUGUUCUCGACAUGCCGCUCCUCCCCAAUGCUGCAUCCUUGCCAGCCACACUGGCGGCUCAUCGCGAGAGGCUGCGAGGUGACCCAGAUGCCAUGGACUCGGACUCUGACCCAGCGCCGCUGAACGUCUUGUUCGCUUCCGGUCCCUAUACUGCCGACGACAACCUCGACUUUGAGCCUCUGCAAGCGCUCUGCAGCCGUGCCGCCGACACCUAUGCCGACGCUGUCAUCCUCACCGGUCCCUUCAUCGAUGCUGAGCACCCCCUCAUCGCCAUGGGUGACUUUGACCUUCCCGAGGACGCCGUCAUCGACCCAGACACGGCCACGAUGACCACUGUCUUCAAAUACCUCUUUACCCCCGCGCUCAACCGCCUCGCUGCCGCGAACCCCGCCGUCACAAUACUCCUCGUGCCUUCCGUCCGCGACAUCAUCGACAAGCACGUGUCCUGGCCCCAGGACACUUUCGCCAAGAAGGACCUCGGCCUGCACAAGGCGAUCCGCAUCAUCUCCAACCCCAUGACUCUCUCCGUCAACGAGACGGUCAUGGGCCUUUCCUCACAGGACGCCCUCUGGGAGCUGCGUCACGAGGAGGUUGUCGUCGGAAAGCCCAAGGACACCGUGUUGCUAUCAAGGCUCUGUAGGUAUCUGCUCGAGCAGAGACACUACUUCCCGCUUUUCCCGCCGGCGGAUCGGUCGAAGCUGCCGAAGACGGGUACGGAAGAGGGACUGCCGCCCGGAGCCAUGCUGGAUGUGAGCUACCUGAAGCUGGGCGAGAUGGUCAACGUCAGGCCGGACCUGCUGCUGGUGCCGAGUUUCCUGCCUCCGUUUGCCAAGGUCGUCGAGAGUGUGUUGGUCAUCAACCCUGGAGUGUUGUCCAAGAGGCGAGGUGCUGGCACAUACGCGCGCAUGACGUUGUAUCCGCCCUCAGGGCGUGGGGAUGGCGAGACCAUGGUCAGCCAUCAAGUGUUUGACCGAGCGCGUGUUGAGAUUACCAAGAUUUAG